AUGAGCAAGCUCGAAGAGGCGAAUCGCAAGGCCAGCCGCCGCACCUCCGCCAGCGGCGCGCCGCGCACGGAACUGGGCGAGUCCGUGCUCGGCGCGCCGCUCCCCGCCGCCUUUGAGCGCGGCACGUCCGCCGACGUCGAGGACUGGAUCACCAAGGCGCGCCAAUCCAUCGAGGCGUUUGGCGAGUACAUCACCAUGGGUGGCCCCGGCGCCACCUGGGACAUGCUCGGCGACGAGGGCACCGACGACAACGCCCGCAGCGAUUCAGAGUACGAGAUCCACGUCGAGGACACGGACGCCUCGGAUGCAGAGUUCAGCGCCGAGGGCGACGGCGAGAGCGACAGCCUCUUUGGCGAGCUCGAGCGCGGCCGCUCGUCCUCGAACGGGCCCCUGGACGGCCCGGAGACGCCGAUGCGGCGGAGCUACCUCGCCGCGGCGCAAAAGCCGGUCAUGCUCCCCAACGAGUCUGUCCCCCUCGGCCUCAUCGCGGACCUGUCCCUCUACAAGGCCCGCAGGCGGCGCUCCAGCCGCGCCCGCAGCGACAUCGACCCCCAGGACGCAGACAACACCGCCGUCGGCCUGGCGAACGACGACUACUUCAGGCCGAGUCCCGCCCCGGAGCGGCCCAUCGUGGACGAGCAGCAGCAGCCGGCAAUUCUCCGCAACGGCAUCAUCAAGCCCGACGAGGCAGAGAAGCUCUUCGGCAUAUACUACGACUACAUGAAUCUCUCCGUUUCGCUCUUGGACCCCGUGCUCUACACCGCACAAAAAACGUAUUGGCGGUCUCCCUUCUUGUUUACUGUUAUCUGUGCCAUCGCCUCUCGCCAUUAUGCUCCGAGGCCCGAAUUAUAUGAACAGGCGAUGAAAUACGCUCGAUUAGCCGCCGGUACUACCCUUAUCGGCGGUCAAAAAACCAUCGAGGCGGUCCAGGCCUACAUUCUGCUCAGCUUGUAUCCCGUCCCUGCCCGGCGGUGGGAGGACGACAGGGGCUUCAUCUAUCUUGGCCUCGCGAUACGCGUUGCGACCGACCUCAAGCUGCACUACGCGACGACGCCAAAGCCGCAGAACGAGCUGCACGCGCGCGAGAUGCUCAAUCGCACGCGCGUGUGGCUCAACUGCUUCAAUCUCGACCGCUCGACCGGCUCGCAGUACGGCCAGCGCGCGAUCAUCGACAACAAGGACUAUGUCGCGAACCACACCGAGUUCUGGUACGAGGGCUCGCCGUACAACCUCGCAGGGUUCGACGUGCACCUCUGCUGCUACAACGCCGAGCUCAAGGUCAUGGCGGACUUUCGCGGCCGCAUAUACAGCAACCCGGAGCACCCGACCGGGCUCAACAAGCACAUCGACCUGGCGCAGGUGUGCAGCGAGACGGACGACCGGCUCGCGCACCUGUGGGAGACGUGGGCGCCGCGUGUGCGCAAGGCAAACACGGACGGCCAGAGCCACUUCCGCACGGGGCUGCUCAAGCUCGCGUACAGCUAUGCGCGCCUGACGGUGCUCUCCGUGGGCUUCCAGCACACGUUCGGCAAGAGCUCGUCCACGACCGAGGUGCCAUUCUUGUGGAGAUGUUACCGGGCGGCGAGCGACACCGUGCGCGCUGUUGUGGAGGAGAUCGGGAUUCCGAGUCAAAAAAUCUACCUCCGGCACGGCCCUGAGGCGCAGAGCGUCUUUGUCACGUUCGCGUCUGCGUUCCUGAUCAAGCUCCUGCAGCCCAGGUACCACCUCUCGCGGGAGCAGCGCGUGGAGAUCCGCACGCUCGUCCAGCGCGUGAUCGACCUGCUCGGCUCGCCAGAGGUCGCCGUCGACGACCGCCACGGCCCCAAGCUCUACUCGCGCUUCCUCCAGGGCCUGCUCGACACACCCAUGGCCCGCGUCGACCACUCGCCCCCGGCGCCGCGCCGCGGCUCGCGCCACCCGUCCGCGGUGUCCUCCCCGUCCCAGCCGUCCGGCGCGUCCCUCGCCCGCCAGUCCCAGUCCCCGUCCAGCGAGGCGUCGAGCCCGCGGCCGAUCACGCCGCCGCCGCCGCCCCUCACGGCGGAGGCGCUGUCCCUCGACCAGUACGUGCAGGCGACGUCGUCCGCGUCCGCGGCGGGCCCCGCGGGGCUGCUGGGGCCGUCGACGCGCCAGUCGACGCCGUCCGACAUCGACGCGUCCGGGUUCUUCUCGCCGCCGCUGUUCUACGACAGCGAGCUGCUGCAGUCCAUGCAGUCCGUCUUCCCCGACGUGAUCCUGCCCGGGUUCAACUGGAUGGGCGCGAUGCAGCCGGAGACGCAGGUGCGGCACGACCAGCCGGUGAUGGGCUUUGCGGGCGGCGGCCCUGCGUAG